AUGUCUUGUAUUACCAAGCGUGAAGUCACAGUGAGCUACCCUGAGACAAUGUUAGGAACACGUCAAGUCAUUGGUGAUGAAAUACUUCGUGGAGAUGUCGUCGACACCAAUUUCGCUUUUAUUGCACGGCAGGCUCCCUCGUGUGGCCUUAAGUUGAAAAGAGUCUCAAUUAUUCCCGAUGUUGUAAAGGUAAUAUCAAGAGAGAUUCAGAGGUUUAGCAACGAAUAUGACGUCGUCGUCACUUCUGGGGGCAUCGGAACGACACAUGAUGAUCUGACCUUUGAAGCUGUGGCGGAUGCCUUUGGAGAGAGUCUAGUGCUGCACCCAUCACUACUAAAAUUUGUUGAGUUAAUGUUUGGUUGCAAAGCAAUGGAUCUACCGCAGGACGACCAUCGGUUGCGGUUGGCUCGGGUACCUGCUUCGUCGAGGUUGAUUUACGGUCAGGACCCAGAGACGGGUCUUCAAUCCGAGUAUCCCGUGCUCACUGUGCGCAACGUUUUCAUUCUCCCGGGUUUACCACCUUUCUUUCAACUCGGCUUUGCUUUCAUUAAGCCAUACAUUCGAGAUCCGAACAUGCACUUCUUUGACAAAAACUUCUACAGCACCUCGGAGGAAACCCAUCUCUCCAAACGUCUGAGUGAUUUCGCGAAGGAGUUCAAAGAAUCUGUUCUUGUUGGGUCUUAUCCAGUUCAGAACAACAGGUAUUACAAAGUUCGCAUUUCUCUCGAAUCUCAGGACAAAAGAUCUCUUGAAAUUGCCCAAUCCGCAUUGGAGAAGCUACUAGGAAAUGAGUUGGUUAGCUACGACCCAGAUCCCGUAUCUAAUGCAACGAAAUCCGUGUAUGAGAUGGCAGAAGAGGAUUCUGAUUUCGGUCGAAAACUAAAACACUCAGUAACUUUGAUUGAGAAGGCAAUCCAAGAGUAUGGAACUGAGGAUAUCAUUCUCAGCUUCAAUGGAGGCAAGGAUUGUACCGUCGUUCUUCACCUGCUCUUUGCUGUGCUAAACAUGGCUACUGGUUCAGUGGGAACACUCAAACACCCCCACCUCUUUUACGUCCGAGCACAAACUCCCUUCCCUGAGGUGGAGACAUUUGUUCAAUCCGUGCUGGUCUUUUACAAGUAUCAGUCCCCCAAUAUCGUCCACAUAGAUCGAACCAAUGCUAACGCUAAAACAAGAUCACCGUCUAACCUGAUAAUCUACGAUGGAACCAUAAAGGAGGGCCUUGUGUGGCUGAAACAGGACUCGCCCAACCUGAAGGCUGUAUUCAUCGGAACUCGAUUCGCCGAUCCGUGGACAGACGGGGUAGUGGAGGUGAUGCCGACAGACCCCGGGUGGCCGGAGUUCAUUCGCGUUCAUCCCAUUUUGCAAUGGAACUAUGCUGACGUAUGGAGAUUCAUUCGAAGCCUCAGUCUUCCUUAUUGCAGUCUCUAUGAUAUUGGAUACACAUCGUUGGGCGGCAUGGAGGACACGCACCCCAACCCUGAGCUGCGAUCCAUCGACUCGACAGGGCGUAUCACUUACCAGCCUGCAUACACCCUAAAGAACUUUUCUUCUGAGCGUUUUGGCCGUGCUAUUUCUCCCCCCUCCAAAUAG